UCGCAUCGAUGGUUUGAGAGCAGAUGAGGAAAGAGAAAUGAUCCGACAAACGUCAGAAGAUGUAGAAAGAGAGAGAGAGAGUCUUUCACCGCGAGGACGGUUCGAAUUGGAUCCGUGUCCAGUUCAGCGCGCUAUCAGAUUAUUCGGCCUUAAAGUCUUUCCGAAGAAACACGUGCAACAUCCUCCGUAGCGUAGCGCCCCGUAGGCUUUGGGGCUGGUCCACAUAGUUAUUGACUUUCUACAGUUGACCAAGUGCGGUAUCGUGCGUAUGUGUGUGUAUGUGUGCGUAUGUAUAUGCGCAGGAGCUAGCGCGGAUCAAUGAUAUCACUCCUUUCGACUCGCGGGAUAAAAGAACGGAGCUCCAGGGGGGAAACCAGCAGAAGAAAACCCAGGCCGAACAAAAUAAAGGAUAAUUGGAUUCAAUAAAUCAUCGUUUCAGAGCGGUCGAAGGUGCUUCCCUUUCUCGCAGCGUGUUAUUUUUGUGAUGUUUUUCGGUUAUCGGAUUGUUCUGUUGUAGCCGUAUUUGUUGUUUUUGUUUCGUGCCGGGUCGAAUCAAGUUUGGCAGCCAGAGCCCGAUCCGUCCGGUGGGUACUUUGACUGAAAACGGGUUCGUCGCUUUGGAAAGCGAAGGAAUUUAUCCUCUCAGUUUGCUGUUGCCGUGAAGUGAAGAGCUAGAAACUCGAGAAGACAGCGCCGAAUAGGAAAGCCGACCAGAUCUCGCUCGCCAGGGGACAUCAGUCAGGCCUGAUAUAGCAGGUGACAGUUGGUUGUGAUCGACACCGAGGGAUCGGAAUUCUUUCGAGACUUGUUGAUUCGAUAAACCUUAGCUCCCGACAUGAGGAGCUUACGGUGGGCUCCUUGCGAGCUCUGGGAUUUACUUCGGAUACACCUACUGCUGGCAGUAUUUCUGUUCAACGUUGCUGCCCCAGCGAACGAAAUAUGGCCAGUGGAUCGACCUGAUGGAAUGCCACAGAUUACCGCACUCGAGGUGAUGUGCGGUAAGGAUCAUAUGGAUGUACACUUGACUUUCUCGGCCCCGUUCGAGGGGAUCGUCAGUUCGAAAGGCCAACACAGUGAUCCACGAUGCAUCUACGUACCACCGUCGACAGGAAAGACGUUUUUCACGUUCCGUAUUUCGUACUCACGCUGCGGAACAAAGCCGGAUCUGAACGGACAGUUUUACGAGAAUACCGUCGUUGUUCAGUACGAUAAGGAUCUGCUGGAGGUGUGGGAUGAAGCCAAACGAUUACGUUGUGAAUGGUUUAAUGACUAUGAAAAGACCGCUUCCAAGCCACCGAUGGUCAUUGCCGAUCUGGAUGUUAUUCAGCUUGACUUUAGAGGUGACAAUGUGGACUGCUGGAUGGAGAUUCAACAAGGCAAGGGUCCUUGGGCACCAGCUGUCAGUGGAAUUGUUCCACUCGGAUCAACGAUGACUCUGGUGGUGGCCAUUAACGACUUCCGCGGUGAGUUCGAUAUGCGAGUCAAAUCAUGCAUAGCUUCCGACGGAGCAGGACAUGUGAUCAAAUUGUCGGAUGAAUACGGCUGUGUGCUGCGACCAAAGAUGAUCUCACGCUUCCUGAAAGCUCGGGCUCCCGACGAUAAGGCUUCGGUUAUUACGUAUGCCUUCUUCCAUGCGUUCAAGUUUCCUGAUGCGUUGAGUGUUCAUAUCAAGUGUAAGGUCGAGAUCUGUCGCCAUGGAUGUUUAGAUCAUUGUCAACAUAGUGCUGGACCGGCAGGCAAACAUCAUGAUCUAUUGGAUCGGAAAGAUACACUAGACAGUCAUCAGAACAAUAACGAUGUGCUACAGAAUUCAGCAGAAGAGGAAGCAGGAAGUAACCAGCAGGACGUUUUCUAUGAUGACAUUAUCCAUACCGAUAAGAACUUCAAUCAGCCACCACCGCCACCUCCUCCGGCUCUGAAAAAAACAAUGCUAACACCUAACAUUCAAAAGAAAAAGGAUAACGGUUACUUACAGUACCAUCAUCAUCAGCAUCGCGAUCCUAUCGAUGAGUUGGAAUCUCUAUUCCUUAGCGAUCACUCCAUGAUGCCUGCGGAAAUGUUGAAAAAACAACCUCCACAGAUGCAUCAGCCACCGCCCCCUCAGAAACAACCUCUGAAAUCCACUCCAGAGGACGAGAAGUUUCCACAGGGACCCCGUCAGAUGGAUGCUGAGAAACGUAUGGGACUACCGGCCGUUGCUGGACCACGUGCUCUCAAUUUAGACGCAGAAGACGUCCGGAAUCCAGUGUACCAGAAUGAGGUGCCCUCGAAGCACCGUGCUCGCCGUUCGAUCAAAAUUACCGACCGGAAGGUUCGGUCCGCCGAUGUCGGUGUAAGCGGAAUCUAUGAGGUCAUUUCCGAAGCCGAUCUUGCAUUUAAUCCGGACAAUAAGCAGGAAGCGGUAACUGUGUUCCAAGGAAAGAUAGCCGAGGAUGUUGUCUAUGGGAUUUGCAUGCCAGUUCCCGGUUUUAGCAUUCUGUUCAUUCUGGUCAUAUCGGCAACCAUAAUCUCGGCAUUGAUCGCCGGCUCGUUGCUCUACCGAUAUCAACUGCAGAAAGAACUGUCUAAGCAACAGCAGGGCGGAGUGUCAGCCACCGGACAUCUUCCGCCGAACAAUUUUGCUAACUGGAUGACGCUGAGAUUGUUCCGAUCGAGACAACAGCAGGCAGCCGCUGCUGCGGCGGCUACUCUGGCAGCGGCGGCGGCCACUGGAGCUCACGGUUCCGUGGACAUCAGCACCACAUCUCAGUGAGAUCAGACGUGGUAGUCGAUGCGAAAAAUAUGACAAGAGCGCAUUUGAUUUAAUCGGAUCCGAGAGCGAGAGGGCAAGUCAGUUGAAGUGAGGCAGGUGGGCGUAAUCUUCGAAAAUUUAUGAUGUUGUUUCGUGACGGAGAUGACUGCUUUGGCAGUUAGUUGUUUGCUGACCUAAACCUUAUCACGACCAUAUGCUUCUUUUCGGGUUUAUUGCAAUAUUUGUUUAACACACGCACGUGUCACGCCGUAAAGGAGUAAAGUAAUUGAUUAUUUAUGGUAGAGAAAAAUGCGAAAAAAAACUUGAAGUAGAUAGUAGUAAGUGAAGUAAAUUGCGAGACGAGUGUUCUGAAAGAGCAACUGGAGCAAAUUUGCAACCGUUUGAUUUACGGUAUUCGUACGUUUGUUUUUUGUUUUAAUUUAGCUAUGGUCAGACUUUGCUCAAACUGAUCUUCUGAGUUGUGCCCGACACACAUCAAAUGUGCGCACUCGAUGAAGAAAACAAAGAUUAUUCGAUACAUUGAUAGAAGUAACGUAUAACAUUGUUAAGUAACUUGGUAAAGCAAUAAUCAACACCCGGCAAGUGUUAUUAGUUCACUGAGUGGCAAUAUUUUUGAUAGCCACCAUUAAAUAUAGAGUAUACAGGAGAGAAACAAUGCUCAAUCAGUAUAGUUUUAAACGAGAGGAAUGCUAGCAAUUAACGACUAACGAAUAUCUAAGUUAUUUAAUUUAUUGUUUUGUUUGUUCCACUAGUUGGUGGAUCGAGCCACGUGACAGCCAAAAGGAGGACUGUCAACUACUGGAACAAAAUAUCACUGCUAGCAAUUAGAAGGUUUUGUAGAUGGGAGAAAAAGAACUCCACUAUCGAUAGUUGAACGAAUCACAGUAUUGUAUAAAAAUA